UUAACUUUUAUUUUCUGUCAAAUUUAGCAUCUUACUUGGUUCCUAUUUUUAUGAUUUUCCUGUUUAGGUUAUGUUUUAUCAUUGUUUAAAUCCAUUACUAUUGCAAAAUUUUACAUCUAUGUUUUUUUGUAUUAUUCAGUUCGUUCUUAUAUUAUUAGUACUCGAUACACAUAAUUGUAAUUAUUUUGUGUACUUUUCUGUUAUAGUGACAAUGGCAGAAACAAAGAUCACUUUCAUUAGAGACUUGGACAAUAUGAAUGAUGAUUACACACUAAAAGUGUCUAUUAUCCGACUGUGGAAAUCGCUUUCAGAUGGCAACCCCACUAUUGUCAGAUCAAUUGAGAUGAUACUCAUGGAUGAAAUGUGUACAAAAAUCCGAGCAAGUGUGUAUCCAAGAGAUUUUCAAAGGUUUGAGUCCAAAUUGAAAGAAGAUCAAGCUGUUUACAUCCGGUCCCCCACUAUCGCUCCUAACAAAUACAGUUUUAAAAUAAGUGAUGUAACCUCCAAGUUAAAUUUCCAUAGAAGAACAACUAUUAACGAGUGUCUACACUUUCAAUCCAAAACAAAAUAUGGAUUUUCUUUUGUUUCUUUUGAAACAAUUAUCUCUGCAACAGCUACAUCUAAUGAAUCAAUUGAUAUUAUUGGUGAAGUUGUUUCAUUAGGAAAGCUUGAUUCCCGUGAUGUCAGCAAAUCUCUACAUAGGCUGCCUUUACAAAUAAGAAACUUAGAAGGUUUGCAGGUUAAUGUUACGUUGUUUGGAGAUAUUGCAUACCAGUUAAUUUCUUAUCUUGAAGCUCAUAAAGAAGUUGGUCGUGUGAUUGUCCUUUUGCAAUUUGCAAGAAUUAAUGUCUAUAACGCAACACCUUAUGUGAACAGUUAUUUUGAACACACACGGAUGUUCAUAAAUGCUAAUCUUCCCGAAUAGUGAAUUAGCA